GUCCAGACAUCAUAUUUUUGGGAACGUUGGCAUAAAGAGGACAGGAUUUAAGCGAUACGUGCAGUAGCGCCUGAAGGAUGCUGUGAUGCAUCGAAAAUGGAUCAACUCUCAGCACCAGGAGUUUCAGAUCGUAUGAUGUGACUGGAUGUAUCAAGUUUCCGUCGCAUUCCUCCCAGCGUCAUGUCCUGCAGUUGCAGUGGCCCUUCCUCCCAUUCCCGAUAGAGCAUAUGCCGUAGGAUCUGACAUCAGCGCAUAUACUGUACACCAACCCACCCUUCUCGAACCCAACACCCACACUGUCAGCCUCCCGUUCGUGACCCAAAGCGGAUGUAGCACGACGGACUCCCCGAAACCUUUGAUCUACGCAUCCAAAGCAUCCAGAGCCUCGCUCUCACCUCCCUCUCUCUUCCCUCUCGCGGUUACCUACGUGGUAAUCUGGGAUCCUGGCGUCUCAACUACUAGUACCCAUCCAGGGUUUAGAUCCCUGAGAUGAUUGUGCCGUCUCCAAUGGAGAAACAGCACAAGGAUCGGUUGAUUCCUAUGGGCGCAGAACUCAAUCAGUGAUCGACCUGGUCUAGCCCUGCGCUCAUACCGUUGGCACCCUCUUACUUCAAGUGUUUCAGUUUGAUCGGAUAUUGCCAGGGCGAGGGGUGGACGUGUACUGUAGUGCACUGGGCACUGCAUAAUUACCCAUGAGUUACCAGUAUUACUGUGUGAGUAUAAUAAAUAUGAUUAUGUGUUAUAGCCAGCGCCAGCGUUUCGAAAAAAAAUUCCUGAAAAGCGGCAGGCAGGGUGGCCCAGGG